CCGACCGGGCCACCCGCAAGGCCUCAACAUACUGUCGAAGCGGCAGCAGGAGACGGCUCCUUCGUCCAACUGCUCUACAAGAAGCUGUCUGAACUGUACUGUCCCGGUGGCGGGCAAUACUUUGCUCUGCAGUUCCCCACGCGCUUCCUGGAUAAGCAGAGCUAUGCGUACGCCCUCGACGGCUACUUCUCACGCUUCAACAAGCCCGUCACCGUCAACGAGGCUGAGUUUGCACUCACCGACGCCCUGUACCCCGUCGCACCCAUCGUCGGCGGCCCCAACGGCCAGACGUUGUCGGGCAACUACAGCAAGGCCCUCAACGGCCUCAUCCCGACCUUUGAAAGUGUCGAGGUCCGCAGGCAGCGCGAGAAGAUGCGGCAGUGGCUCCUCAAGGAGACAAAGGCCGGAAAUGCGGCGUUCACUGUCGACACGCGGCUCGCCAUCCCGGGUAUCACCGAAGAGACUGCCAAGGAGCUUUCCCAGGCCACAGGCAUGACCAUCACGGUCGGGCCCGAGCGCAAGGCCUGGGAGCUGGAACGGGACACCAUGAUCCGGCAAGCUACAGAGAAGCUGGGCGCCGACUCGAAGGCGCUGGAGAAUGUGACGCGACAGCUCGCGCAUAUCACGGCGCUCGAGGAGGCCAAGCUGGCGUCAAAGUACACCGACGCCGUGGUCCGCGGACACAGCCACACGGUCCGCGGCUACAUGGGCCAUCUCGACAUCAAGUCUGUCGCCGAGUCGCUUCAGGACGCCAAGGAUUCACUGCGCGAGUCGGCUCUCUCGUCGCUAUACUCGGCAUCCAAGGUCUACCCUGUCGCCAUGCUGCCAGCGGACUGGUUCGAGGCGCUCGACACGGGCUUCACGCGGGAGGAUCUGUCGCAGGACCCGGAACUCAUCAAGGCGGCCGUGCAGGCCAAGGCUCAGCUGAUUGACAAUCUCGAGUCCCAGAUUGCCAACCUACGCAGCUUCAACAAGGGCGACCCUGAAAAGGCCAAACAGGCAGUGGAGGAGGCUGCAGGCAGACACGAGCAGGCCAUGACGGCCCUGUCCAGCAAGUACACCGAGUCCACCAUCUCGGCCGUCAAGCUCGCCGUCCAGGCAGUGGCGGCUGCGACGCCUGGUGGUGCCGUGGCCCAGAUGGCCUCGGACACAACCAAAGCAGGGCUGCUUGGUCUCCCUGGAAUCAACGAGCAGGCUCUGCAGGAUAUCGGCUCCCAGAUGGAUGCUGUGGCCCAGGCCAAUGUGGCCGUGAAUGUGGCGUCCCGCGCCCUCACCCAGCAGAUGAGCGAGUACUCCCUGGCUGUGGCGGGCGAUACACGCACCAUGAUCGAAGGUAUCCAGCGACAACUCACAACGGCCAGGCGCGAGCUGGCAGAAUUGCAGGAGAGCUACACCAUCUCGCAGCGCUCCUACAGCUCCCACUCGGCCUCAGCAACUGACGGCGCCGCGACGCAGACCAUGGAUCAGGCUGGCAAGAUGCCAGCCGGCAACGGCGGCUCCCGCUGGUCCGAGAUACACAUCUCGAGUUCCGCCAAGGACACCUUCAGCGAUACUUCGAGCAUGUCGUCCUCGUCCGUGUCCUCCUCACGCUGCAACUUCUGGAUCGGCUCCUACUCGAGCAGCUCGGCCUCAUCCUCGGCCCAGAACGAAGCCCAGUCGUCGGUCCAGAGCCUGAGUGUCGACGUCUCCAUGCGCGUCACCUAUGUGACCGUCGACCGGUCGGGCUGGUUCGACCCUUCGUUCCUCGAGAUGAGCAAAGCUUUUAUGCGUGGUGCCAAGGACGACAACUACGUCUCGUGGUCGACCUGGGCCGAGGGCCACACGACCCCGGACAAGGCCACCGAGGUGAUCCGCGCCAACGCCGCGGACAAGCCCAAGGGCUACCUCGCCGCGUUCCCGGUCGGAUACAUCCUCGUCAAGGACUGCACCAUCAAGGUUACGUCCUCGUCCAUGAACAGCCGCGAUCUCAAGAAGCACUUUGACCAGCAGUCCGAGAGCUCGGGAGGUUUCUUAUGCUUCUCGCAUAGCAACGCCUCCAGAUCCUCGAAUGACAGCAGCAGUUCCAGUACUGUCGCCACGGAGAGCGGGGUGGUGGUCAGGAUCCCGGGGCCGCAGAUACUGGGGUACAUGAUGCAGCUUACGGGCAAGGAUGAGUCGCUCACUUUCAAGGAGGCAAAGCUCGAGGACAUAUUCCUGGAGGAUCCCGAUGUCGAGUCUGCCUCUUCGCAGGGCGGAUCUGCAACGGGACAGCCUGCGCAUGGAAUAAGGCCUGACACCCCGAGCUCUGCGCCUGUCAAGGCAGCGCCCAAGCCCGCAUCGGGUCUGCGCAAGUACGAUGACGUUGUCGUGCCGCUGCCGCCCUCGUCGUCUUCUUCUUCUUCAUCAGCAGCGGAGAAGCAGACCGAGCCGGCAGCGAAGAAGCCCGAACAUGCGGCGGCUCCGGCGGCGGCAGGCACUGAGCAGAAGCUUCCCGACCUCACGAACUUGAGUCAAGAGACGAAGGACCAGAUAUUGUCGGCGGUCUUGUCUCUCCUCCGAAAGUAA